AUGAAGUAGAAAAAAUAUAAAAAUAUUGAAUUUCAUUCUAUUGAUUAAUAUGAGGAUUCUAAUAUUUAGCUAAUUGUUUUAAAUUGAUUAGAGUAAAAUAAAUAAGUCUUUUUAUAUCAUAAUUAAAAUUAUGAAGCAUUUUUAUAGGAUACUUUUGGAGAUAUUCUAAAUUUAAAACUUUAAAGUUAAAAUGAAUUAAAUCUUGAUAAAUUAUGGAAUGAUGAAUUUAUUGAUUUUAAUGCAGAAGAGGAGAAAGUAAAAUAGAUAUAAUUUAUUGAAAAUCUAAAAAUUACUACUGGCUAAUCAGCAAUGCAAUUGAACUAGUUUUUGAAAAAUAUUUAAAUAUACAUUUCUCCAGAAUUUUAAGCCUUGAUCUAAAUUCACUAAAGAGGAUCAACUGUUAAUAGAGGUAUUAGUAAUUGGUCUAUCAAUUAAUCAUAGAUAAUUGAUUAUAAUUUAUAAGGUACAUCCUAAGAAAUUAUUGAUGAAACAAAAACUCAAGUUGCUCAAAUAACUUAAAGAGAUCUAUUUCAAGAAUCAUUUGGAAAUAUUUAAUUAGUGAUGAAUUUGUACGAUUAUUAUGAAUACUGGAACAAAUUGAAUUCAUUUUAAGCAACUAUUCAAACAAUUUGGUCAUUUUUUAAUGGAUCCUGA